UGGUUGGUGGGGCAGGCGAAGGGAAGCUCAGCCUUUGAGACGAGACGCAAGCAUCAGCUGAAUCACCACCUCUCCUCUCUUUCUGUUGAUACGUCGUCUUCUGCCGCAAGUCUCAAACCAUCGCUAUUAUUUCCAGCUGUGCCUCACAUAAUCUGUUGCUCUUCUUAUUUCCCAUUAUUCCCCCUACCAUAUCCAUCGCAAGAGUUCCGUUGUUAUUUCAACAUGGCUGGUGGUCCACGUCUCUCGCCCAUGAUCCAACGUGAAAUGGCUGAUCGAGCUGCCAAUACCAGUGCCAGAAGAGUAGCUGAGGAGUAUGAGGCAGCUAGGCUAAGACUUACAGACCAAACCUUCAAUAUGCUGAGCUACCCAGACCCGCUCGCCCCUCGGAAGCAGUCAACCACGUACCCCCCGGGGGUAACACCUGAGAUGGAAAAGAAGUGGCUUCAGGUCAUCGAGCAGUCCAAGAAAUGA